UUAAUAGCAUUUCCAAAACCACGAGACACAGACGAUUCUGAUGUAGAGAGAUCUGGUGAAGAAGCAUCUGAAAAUGAUGCAGAAGGCAACGCCGGCUGGGCUGACUGCAUAGCAAAGGUUCUAAACACUUCUAAACCAAAAACUAAAAAAACUCUAGUGUUGUCACGAGCCAAAAAGGUAAAACCAGCCGACCAAACAAAGUCAAAACCUUUGGAUUACGGUUUCGAAGUUGAGGGCGAGCAGAAAUUAGAUGAACAGCCAAUAAAACAGGAGGGAGAAGAACAAGGUAAACAACGAAAGAAUGUACCACUAGAAUUACGCGUGAAACCUUCAUGGAAAGAUAUUGAACGUGAACGCACCUUACGCAAAGUAGCGACGCGAGGUGUUGUACAGCUUUUCAACGCAGUACGCAUUCAACAAAAGGAUAUCCAGGUGCAGCUGGAGGAGGCAGGGCCAUUGGAUAGUCGAAAGGAUGCUGUUUUGAAUAAUAUAAAUAAGAGGAAAUUUUUGGAUGUACUCAUGAGCGGCAACCGAGCCAAAUCAGAAGCUGUGGAUAAUCCAGUAAAGAGUGAAAAUUUGAAGGACGAAGACACUAGCGCUGACGAAGGUGAUCAAAAUGCCCCAGCCGGUACACAAAGCAAAAGGAAAUCCGAGUGGAGUGUGCUUAGGGAAGAUUUUAUGACAAAUAAAAAAAUUAAACACUGGGACGAAGAGGAUGAUGAAGAAAAUAGUGGCGCAUCAAACAAGGAUACAAGCGAAGAUAGCGGCGAAGAUUAAUAAAAUUAUUUUAUUUAACUUUAAAAUCUAAUAUUUUUAUUUGACUUAAGCUAAUGUUAAGAAUAUAAAACUUUAUAUUAUAAUGUUUUUGUCAAGCAAAAA